GAUCUCCUAACGCGUGGCCUCGCUGGACUCCCAGCAUGCUCUGCAAAGGAAAGGUUAAAAAAAAGACUACAGUUCCCAGCGUGCCCUUUGAGGGAGAGUGGAAAAUGGCUCCAGUGGAGCACGUCGUGGCUGAUGCCGGCGCUUUCCUGCGGGGAGCCCCGCUUCAGGAGAUUGGCAAGAACAUCUACACAAUCCGAGAGGUGGUGACUGAGAUCCGGGACAAGGAGACCCGGAGGCGGCUGGCGGUGCUGCCCUACCAACUCCACUUCAAGGAGCCGUUUCCCGAAUACGUGCAGCGUGUGACAGAGUUUUCCAAGAAGACGGGUGACUACCCCAGUCUUUCAGCCACAGACAUCCAAAUCCUAGCCUUGACCUACCAGCUAGAAGCAGAGAACGUUGGUGUGGCUCACUUGAAGAAAGAGCCAGAACAGAAGGUAAAACUCAGCUCAACAAGCCAACACCCUGAGGCACCGGUUCAUGUCCCUGGCUUCCAUCUCCCUGCCAAGACCAAGUGCCCAAGUGGUGAAAAGCGUCAUCCAGCCACGGGAAGCAGAGAAUGCACAGAAUUGGCCAGCCCUGAAGCCUCUGAGUUUGGCUCUUUUCUGUUCUGGAGGAACCCUCUACCCAGCAUUGAGGAGGACCUCCUGGACUUGCUGAAAGCUGACGCUGUCCUUAUUGAGCCGGAGAAACUCAAAGGCCACGAGAGUGGCGAGGAGGAGGAGAGCGGAGAGGACAGUGAAGAUGACGAGGGCUGGAUCACACCCAGCAACAUCAAGCAGAUCCAGCAGGACCCAAGCCAGGGGGAGGAACCUGCCGGUGUGCAGGUCGCCUGCAUCACAACUGACUUCGCCAUGCAGAAUGUUCUCCUGCAGAUGGGCUUGCAUGUGCUGGCAGUGAAUGGCAUGCUGAUCCGGCGCACCCGCAGCCAUAUCAUGCGCUGCCACGGCUGCUUCAAGACAACAUCUGAAAUGACCCGGCUCUUCUGCCCCCACUGUGGGAACAAGACUCUGAAGAAGGUGGCAGUGACUGUGGGUGACGAUGGCAGCCUCCAUGUGCAUUUUUCCCAGAAUCCCAAGGUCUUGAACCCUCGUGGCCUCCGGCACUCCCUCCCCGCUCCUCAAGGCGGGAAGCAUGCAAACAACCCUCACCUGACAGAAGACCAGCGCUUCCCCCAGCAACGGCUCUCCCGCAAGGCCAGGCAGAAGACAAACGUCUUUGACCCCAAUUAUAUCACUGGAGUUUCUCCGUUUGUGGAGAACGACAUUUACAGCCGGGCAGCCAAUCUACAGAUCCGGGAUGCAGCGCUGGGUGCAGGUAGGAGGCGCCUGAACCCCAACACGGUCACCAAAAAGUUUGUGAAAAAAAGAUGAAGUGGGAAGAGAGGCAACUGCCCGUCUGUCCAGGUUGUCAGCAGAACACAUCUUGUGUUUCUGACAGCUUGCAGGACUUUAGACCCUUGGCUGGGGUGUGUGCGGAUGAAGGCUCUGCUUUCAGACAGCUUUUGAGGCAACAGACACAUAAGUGGAAGGGAGAAAACAGCAUCUUUCUGAGGAAAGUGCAACGCAGAUGGCCAAGCAGCGAGCACGGCCUCUUCUUGCAGCAGAAUGCAUGCACUACGCCAAGCGCUUGGGCAGACUCCCAUGCAAUAGACUCAGUGGUGGUGGCUGUUUAUUUUUUAAUAAACGAGGGUUUCUCCGCA